AUUCUUUGCUGUCUGGUACGUGCUGCUGCAGCUCCCACCCAUUCUCCCUCAGCCACCAUGGACGACGAGGAACGCCAGCUGAACCAGGCCGAAGAGCAGCCUCUGCUGCAGCCCAUCCGCACCUUCAACCAGUUUACCGGCCACGCCGACGCCUCCAUCACUCAAUCCCGCCGCAAGACACAGCAUUUCCUGACGUCCAAGUUUGGCCACUAUGCCAUCCUGUCACUUGUAGUCCUGGACGUUUCAUGCAUCAUUGCGGAUUUCGUAAUCGAGCUGUUCACGUGCGAGAAAAAGGGUCCGAACUCUCGUUGGAAUGAGGCUCUCGAUGCUCUUGGAUGGGUCAGCCUAGUAUUCUCCUGUCUCUUCAUGAUUGAAUUGCUUGCAGCUAUCUGGGCAUUUGGACUACAAUACUUCAACUCAAAGUUCCACGUAUUUGAUGCCCUGGUAAUCACUGCAUCUUUCGUUCUUGAUGUUGUUCUUCAUGGCACCCUCGAGGAGGUGGCAUCUCUAGUCAUCCUCCUGCGUCUGUGGCGUGUCUUCAAGAUCAUCGAGGAACUUAGCGUUGGUGCACAAGAAAAGACUGAAGGGCUUGAAGCAAAGGUGAAGGAGCUUGAAAAAGAAAAUGAAGAGCUGAAGGAAGAGUUGCGGAUCUUUAGAGGGGAGGCCUAACAAAACAGACGAUUAGGAUGAGAAAAUCCCGGAUAUCGGCCAGAACCUCGAGGCGGAUGGUGCAACGGUGCACUGAACUGUACCGCUACUCACAGGUGUACAGAGUCGUCUGUCUUCGGCGGGGUUUUCAACUCAUGCAGCCAUGACUACCAUCAAGAAAGCUGCCAGGCACAGGUACAUAUGUAAGUGUCAUGUACAAGAG